AAUACCUUUGCUGAUCCAGACGACAGCCUCAGCCUGCUGAACCCAGUCCACUGAAGACACGCAGAUCUCUAGUCCUCUUCUGCUGCCAUGGCCAAGCGAAAGUCUAAGAAGCCGCAGGAACAAGACUCCUCCAUUGUGUUGGAGUCUCCAGUUUCAAAGCCUAAGGAAAGCAUGAACACCUCUAAGGAAAGCAUGAACACCUCUAAGGAAAGCAUGAACACCUCCAAGGAAAGCAUAUACUCCUCCAAGGAAAGCAUAAACUCAUCCAAUGGAAGCGUAAACGUAUCCAAUGAAAGCGUAAACGUAUCCAAGGCAAGCGUUAACAUGUCCAAGGGAAGCUUUAACUCCUAUAGUUCACCAGCGUUGUUGUUCAUCAUUGUGUUCACAGUCGGUGCCUCUAUAAUAGGUUGGUUUUGUGUAGAAAAUCAGCAAAGUGUCGAACAACUGUCGGAAACCUUUACAUCAAUGCAAAAGAAAAUCACCAACCUGCAGCGGGCGGUGGAGAUAACGGAAUCACCACAGACAUAUACAGGUUUUGAUGUGGAGGAAAGGAUCUUUGCCCUGGAGAAGGCUGAGGUUUCCCUGGCCACGUCAGAGAAGUUGAGGUACUCGGAGCUUGGGUCCCUAAGUGCUGAGCUGGACACCCGAAUGGCCGAGUUAGAGCAGGUCACCCUGUCCGUCACAACUCUCCAGGCUAUAUUCAAAAACCAGAGUGAGGAGUUUGAGGCUGUGAAGGAGAGUGUAGCUACCGGUUUGAGCUCCAGCUCAGCACUGGCUGAAAAUGUGGCUGAGCUGACCAAUGCUGUGGCUAGUGCAUCCUCCAAAGUUGACGAACAGGGUGCAUCAUUGGCCUUCCUUAAUGUACAGCUAAAGGGACAAGCCUCAGAUCUGAAUGAGAUGAAAGAGUUGAUGCACCUCCAUGAUGCUGCCCUUCAUACAAGCAACCAGGAAGUGGCUUCAAUAAAGGAGAAUGUCAAGACUAAGCAGGUCAUGCAUGCCUUGGCGUUAGAGGCGAUGCUCACUUCUGUGCAGGUUAUUUUGGAUGAGCAGUUUGACACUACCACGACCCUCCGCACCAGCAUCAUGGCUAAAAUGCUGACUUUUAACAGCCAGUUGGGGAAUGAUCCUUCUUGGCCGGUGAAUCUUGAUGAUGAUGAGGACGAACUUGAAGCAGAACUCGCCACCACUGCAAAGGAUGCCACUGAGGUGCAGGGAAAGCUAGAAGACGUAGAGGAGGGAAUGCAGGAAGAACAGCCACUUGGACAGGAAGUAGAGAGUGACAUUACAGAGGAGCAGGAGGAAGAAGAAAUUACUCAAGAAGAUGAAUUCACAGAACAGGAGCUUUUGGAAGUGGUUGCUUUGGAAGAGGAUGUGUUCAAAAACAUUUUUGAAGAAGAAGAGUCAGAUGACUCAAAUCAGGAGGUCUCCAUGGAUGUAAAUGAGGAGGAUGGGUAGUUGUACUUGAAAUGCUUCAGUAAAUUAUUAGUCUUAUUGAGAUGAAUGGAAACCCUUUUUUACACGCCACACACUUUCUUGCAAAUGAUUUGUAGUAUUUGUUAUAUUCUACUUGGGUUUUUCUAAACAUUACUAAAAACUUGAACAAUUUUGUAGAGCUUUGAUAAAUAUUUAUGUAGUCUUAUGUCAGUCAUGUUUGAGGUUAAUAUACAUAUGGUCUUGUUGUACAAUCUGUUUUCUGAAUGGGCAUUUUGAAAGAUACAUUGGGGAAAAAAGAAUGGAAAAUCUAUAAACUGUAUUUCAACCGUUUACACAUGACAAGAUUAAGCUAUGAAAUGUCAAUUGUUUUUUGCAAUAUGAAAGAGGAAACAAAUGUGACUGUACUUGCAGCUUGUGAUUUAACACAAGGGCACACACGUGUAGUGCCUCUCUCCAUGGAGUUAUUUAUGGUUCAAGUGCACAUGCUGUACAUAUGGGCACAGCACAUAUGAUUCCAUUGGUACAUACUGUUCCCUUGUCAUGAAGCUCUUUUGUAAAAAGGUUAAAGUACUAUUUUCUGCCAGCAGAUGGUGCCUUAUAACUCCUAAUGAUAAGGAAUAAUCAACAACGUUGAAAGAGGAACCAAAAAACUAUUUUUUUUUAAAGAAAGGGGAAAUCAAAGGGGUUAAGGACUAUUUUUCUUGGUUUUGAGACUAUUGAAAAGGAAAUUCUGCUUGCAGCAACUCAUGUCUUCCUAAAUUAGCCUUCUCAUGUUGUGUAGACAGCUCCCGAUCUGUGACACCCUGUCUAAACUUAAACUGACAAACGGCAACCACAUGAUGUUCAAAGGAAAUGGCUCUUCGGUUUGCCAUGAAGUUACUUAAGGAAGAUGUGAAUAAAUACUCAAGUUUGGAAAGAGAACAGA